CCUUCGUACAGAGCAGAAAGGACAAAAUGAGGCGUUGGCCCAGGCCUGGAGAGAGAAAGAAGAACUUGUGCAACGGUGGAUGGAGGAGAAGAGGGGGGAUGCAGACAGGUUGAAUAAGUACAACGACACACAGGAAAGGUGGCAACGUUUGGCCAAACAGCUGAAGAAGCACCUUGAUAAGGAGAUGAGAAAAGAGUAUGUUCCCAUGGUGACAAGCUCUCGGAGUAGUGAAACAGAAACGCCUACAUCAGUAAAUCUGAGUAAGCAUCAGCGUUCUCUUUAAAAUAUGAAUGCAUAAUGUAGUGGGUGCAAACAAAUGGGUGCCUCUUCAUUGAAAGCCAUUAGUCCACCUCAUUGCUGCACACAUACAAACCCUCGUAGGCACCAAGAGCCUUCAUCAAGAGCAUCCUUCUGACCAUUUCUAAUUAAGGAGGUCUAAUUGAUGAGGUCUUUGUUACGGUGAUAAACAAAGCAGUGAUAACUAUCCAUUUAGCCUUCAUCAAAUAAGUCAUUUAAUACCAUUAAGUGACUCAUUUCCACACAGUUUACUCACAUUCAAGUACCUUCACGAUAAGCUUAUUGUGACAGUUAUAGUGGUACUGGACCACUGUGUCAGUUCAAGAGGCGGCCAUUUUUAUGCAUUGUGUGUCCUUCAACCUGAUUGUCAGGAACAGGCCUGUAGCUGCCUUUGAUGUCAGGACACAUUGAUGUUGUCAUGUCUUUGGUAUUUUUCUUUGACAGUUACCAACCUGGAGAGGAGGGUACUGUUAGUUGUACAAUGAAAAACUUGGUCAUGGUUGUUUUAUUACAUGCGGAUUCCAGUAUGUUUAGACUUGACAUACUUACAUUUUUACACUUUUUUGGCCAAUACAAAAUACAAUAUCAUUGUGGGUGCCUACACAACUUAGAAGAAUAUGAACAUGUUUGGACCCUGGAUGGUAACCUAAAACAUGUAAUUCAGCUUAUUUAUUUUUUUGCUCCUUUUGUCUUUGGUAUUAAUAAUACAACAGAUAUGCAUCAGGGACAUUCAGACCACAACCAUGUAUCAGCGUUGGCAAAAGUCUAAUUUCCCAUGGGAUCCUGAAGACAACAGAUCUCAGCGUGAGGGUUAGGUCAUUUCCCCAUUUCUCCAUUCUACAUUUGCCGGUAGUUGAAAAACGAAUUGGUCAUGCGUAUACUUACACGAAUGUGACUCUAGAACGGUGACCAAGGAGUGACUGUAUGUUUUGUUAAAUUUACCUACUUUAGAAUUUAAAAGAAUCCUUCUAGUUGCACGAUUUGAGGUGAUAAACCAUUGAAAAAACUCUGCUUAUCUAGUUCACAUCAUUUAAAUCACAGGAGCUGGGGUUGUACAGUCAGGGCUUGGUAUUUACUAACUAGGUGCCUAUUUUAACUAUUUUUGUUUGCAAAGAAAAUCAUGUAAAUAAUGUUUUACUUCCUAGGUCAAAAAGUGUAUUUGAAAAUAAUGGAUUAAAGUUUACUUAUAAUAAUUAACAUUUCUUUCUAAAAUGAAGAAAAAAAAAUAUCCCAGAUGAUUAUUUGUUGUUGUGCAUUCCUAAAUCCAGUGUAAAAUAAAGCCACAUAUGUAUAUGUUAUUUUUGUUUUCGUCAUCCAUCAGAGAAACCUUUCCUUUGACCUUGGUUGCUGACUUGUAGAGCUCCUCAACAAAGACUGUCUAUUUUCACCACAUUUAAAAAAGACAGGAUAAUUCUACAUAGUACAUUUAAUGACUUCAUUGGCUAUAAUUAAAUAUUUCACAAUGCAUGCUUUUUUGUAUUUUUUUGUAUUCCAGUUCCAACACACAUCUCCAUGGCAAGUGGAGAUCACAUUUCAGGUUGUUUGUGUAUGAAGCAGCAUGUUUCCAUAGCCACCAGUGUGUUUGCAUUAGUUGUUAAGUUGAACAGUGUAUGUGUGUGUGUGAGAGGUGUAUUGGUGAAACUAAUCAGUAGACUCUCAAACUGUGUUAAAAUGGUAAAAGGUGGAAAGCGAUAUUUUUCAAUGAGCAGUGAUGGCAAAUGGUUUGCUCAUCCAGGUUCCCCAGAAAAUGAAAUGAGGAGUCGUGAGGGUUGUACAAGCACUGGGAUCAUGCUGACUCAGGGUAAAUCAUCGUUGCCUCAGGCUUUAAACUUGGAGCGCUAUCCUAAAUGGAAAACUCAGCAGAAAUCCAGAGAAUAUCCAUUCUCAGACCACGAUAACAAGUAUGCCUUUAAAGACAACAUAAAUGUCUUCACUCAUGGUGUAGGACGCAGAAAGUGUCUUGAUGAUCACAGACAGCACAACUCCCAUUUCUGCCUGUGCCAAGAUGGAGCUUACAGCAGCCUUGAAGAGACUGGAGGGAACAUCACGGUCCAACAGACUGACUUGACGGUGAAGCAGUCUGUUAAUGUUCCAACCAGCACCAGGCGGUUUCCCCGCAACCACAAGCAGAAGUCGGCAGAGGCAGCUUUGGCGCAAGCAGGGGAGCAAGUCAUGUGGUUCGGUCGACAUGACUCCGAUCUCUCAGAGACCCUGCUGGCAGCUACUAACUGCUUAGCAGUAUCCAAGCCCUAAGAUACAUACGCACAUACAUUUGUACGUACAUACGUUGAGGAGACAGCAAUGAGGGGGCCAAGUGAACUUUCUAGGUGGGGUCCAGUUGUCAAGUCAAAAAAUGGAAUUACAAUGUAAACAUCAGAUUUUUUUGUUUCAAGAGGUCUUGUUCCACCCAACAACUCCAAUUAGACUGGAAAAUAAAUAGUUAAUCAUUUUGAUGUACUAACAAUAGUAAUGGAUCUUAUCAUAUUCCUGACUAUAUUUAGGCACACUUCACAAUGCUAAUUUGAGACAAGUUGUAUUUGAUU